AUGGAACUCGUGAAAAAAGAUAUUUCUGGUUAUGACCUGACUCGCCCUUCUCUUGAGGAAAUAGCAAAUAAUACAGCAAAAACAAAGCAGGCACUUGAACAGACUUUAAAUGGGACAAUUAUUGCUGCAAAGGUUGGGGGUGAACCUUUGAGGAAAACACAAGAUCCUUAUUAUGUGAAGAAAUGAAAUGGCGAUGCUGACAGAAAUUGGAAUACCCUGCGCACUCCCUAUGGGCAGGUAGGCCUCUAGGUUUCAGAUGCCUUGUCGAGCAUCCUCUGUCCCUGCCAGAUGGACUCGACAGGUUUCCCUACCACAUGGUUUAUCCUCAUCGGGAUCGUCAGGUUACCUCGCAGAUGUGGCUCUGCUCUAUUGAGCUAAUUCUUGAGCAGGUGGUUCAGGUCGAAAAUCCAAAAGGGCAACCUUUUAGAGACAAGAGAGACAACAGGUAAUGGGUUUAUCCACUUAUGGCCUCAUAACUUUUAACUUUAUUAUGUGAAGCACACUGGCUUAGAUGGCCAAGAAAGGAUCAUCCGCAUGCAUGAGCAGCAAACUGAUCCAAUGGAAUGUGUUAAAUUUUCACACCGCAGAGUUCCUCGUGGUCAAGUAGAUGAUCACGUUAGAAUUGAAAGAUCUCCUCCCAGACAGAUCACUUCAAAAGACCAAAAAAACUGAAAAAUCCCUCCUUGCAUAUCAAACUGGAAAAACUCCAAAGGGUACACAAUUCCAAUCGAAAUGCGUCUUUCAGCAGAUGGGAGAUAUUUAAGAGAUACUACCAUAUCUGAAAGGUUUCCCAAGCACUCUGAAACUCUAUACCAAGCUGAAAGAAACGCCAGAGAAGAAGUCUCAGCCAGGGAAGCAAUUCAGAAAAAGCUUGCUCUAAAAGAAAGCUUAAAAAAAGAAAAUCAAAUGAGAGAGCUGGCUGCACAAGCCAGAGCUGAGAGAAAUAGCUUGGUGAAGAACGAACAGCCAAAGAAAAGAGAGCGCUCUUCAAGUGUAGAAGAAAGAGAAAAAAUAAGAUUUGAAAGAAGCAGAGAAAUUGAAAGGGACAGAAGAAUUGAAAAUGCUGGGCGAAAAGUGCAGAAAAAGGAUAGAGAUAUGGAAAGAGAUAUAAGCGAAAAAAUUGCACUGGGUCAAGCGCAGCCGACCAAAAGCAAACUUCUUGAUGAAAGGCUGUUUAAUCAAAAUGAAGGGGUAGAUGCUGGAUUUGGAUCAGAAGAUGAAUACAAUGUGUAUGAUAAACCUUUGUUUAAUGAUAGAUCUGGGGCCAAUAUUUAUCGCAAUAUCAGAGGAGAUCGAGAAGAAGGUGAUGCAGCGUUGCCAAAAGGAAGAUCAAAUCCUGUUCAGUUCGAAAGAGUUCGAGAAGAAUAA